AUGCGUCUCUCGCCUUCAUCCGCCGUCCUACUCUUCGCUAUCUUUGUCUCAGCGUCGCCGCCGUCCGAGACCACCAGUCCCGAUUUGAUUGUGCCGGAACAUGGAGUCCACGCCAAUGCAUCGACGGCAACGACCGCAGCCGCCGGUCCAGAGACAACACCACCACCAGAAGACGACCUGGUGUUGCAGCAACUCAACAAGAGAGACAGCUCCGACACAUGUGGAGUAAUAUCGACCACGACCCUGACCUGUGCCGAGUCCAAGGGUCCCUGCGUCUGGGACCCUACUCCCGGGGGGCCCUUCGGCUGCUGUCCGAUCAAUGAGGCUGGCCAUGCCGACAGCUCAUGCAUUUUUGAGGUCAAGUGCAUCGAUUUUGCCGACUACUAUCUCGAUUCAUCGACCGAGCCUCCAGACCAGGCGACUCUAGUCUGCUUUGACAACGAGCUCUCGACCUAUGUGGAUGACAACCCCUACGACGUCGCGUUCGCAGCCGCCGGAAGUUCCGUGGUAGAGAACCACAUAGAGAUGCCAAAGUACAAGGAUAUGAUGGCGGAAAACAUGCCAGGAACACUCUCUGAUUACGAUGAUACGGACUCCAUUCCUCUCUUCGCCAUCAACGACGACCAAAGGGCGGCGGCGAUCGAACCGUUCGACUAUUUUCUCUCCGAGGUACUGGAGCUCUUGGACAGCUCCGCCAUGCUUCCACGACAGGCCGAAGACUCCGACACAACCAUCGAAAUGGAGAAAGAGUUGACAAGAACCCAGUUGAAGGCCAUGCUGUUCCAAAUGAUCGCUCUGAACCCGGACCGUUGUUCUGUGGCGCGACAGAUCAGAGCCUACACCGGCAGAGUGAAUGUGACCACAACGACCUUGAACAUUGCGGCCGGCCCGCUCGGACCCUCCUUCACCACAGUGUUCGACAAGCAUGGCCACUGA